AUGUCACUUCGAUCUUCCUAUCCUCAAGGACGACAUGGCCAUCACCUCUUUAUUCUUCUCCUCUAUUCAAAUCUCAUAUUGUACCUUCUAUCAUUAUUCUUUUCUCAAGUCCAUGCCUCUUCAUCAGCAUCUGUCAGAUUUCAUUUAAAAACUGUAGCUGGAAUUGCUCAAUCUCAAGGUUACACUGAACUCUACAUUUCAGAUAGUGCCAAUUAUCGAAUUCGAAAAGUCAACUUAAAUACUGGAAUCAUGACAAGUGUCGUCGGAGAUGGAACUCCAGGAUUUGUUGGAGAGAAUUCAAUGGCCACAAAAUCUAAAAUUAAUCAUUCCAUUGGGUUGUUUUGGAGUAAUGGAUGGUUGUACAUUGCAGAUACGAAUAAUCAUCGAAUUAGAGUGGUCAAUAAUGUUGGAGCGAUAAGUACAUUGGUUGGAACGGGAGUGAAAGGAUAUAAUGGAGAGUGGACAGUUCCUUCCAAUACUCAAACGGAAUAUCCUGUCAGUGUUCAUAUUCAUGGCAAUGAUGUCUAUUAUUCCGAAAAUGGAAGAAUUAGAAAAAUUGUCAAUGGAUUGAGCACAGCAAGUAGUAACAGUGCCUAUGUUUUGACACUUGCUGGAAAUGGAACGAAUGGAUACAAUGGAGAUGAUAUACCUGCAACUUCGGCACUAGUCAAUGCUCCUCAUGGAAUUUUUGUAACUUCGAAUGGAGAAGUAUUAUUCGCCGAUCGUUUGAAUCAUAGAAUUCGAAAAAUUACAACGGAUGCCAAGAUGGUCACAAUUGCAGGAACUGGCUCUCCAUCCUAUAAUGGCAAUGGUUUGUUGGCGACAAAUACCAAUUUAAACAGUCCAGAAGGUGUCCUCAUGCUCGAUAACAAUGAAAUUCUCGUGGCAGAUACGGGUAAUCAUUGUAUUCGAAAAAUUUCAACCGAUGGUGUGAUGAAAAUCAUUGCAGGUGUCUGUGGAAAUGCUGGAUACAAUGGAGAUGACAUUUUCGAUGGUAUGACUGGAUUCCUUAAUUUGCCAACAAGUUUGACCUUUUCAAAAAACAGUGGCAUUUACGUUUCAGAGUCCAACAAUCACAUCAUUCGUCGACUCGUCCCCUAUUGCGAUUCAGGUUAUAUCUUGUCGUCCGAUUUACUGUCGUGUGUAGAGAAUAAGACAUGUUUUGGAAUUCUAGCCGAGAGUGGAACUGCAUGUUCCUCGAAAGGAUUCUGCACUGGUCAAGAUUCAUGCUCAUGCUAUUCAGGAUGGUUUGGUCAAACAUGUGCCUAUAACUAUCAAUGUUCAGGAAUUGCUCCAGAUAAUGCCACUGUUUGUAAUCGUCGAGGACGUUUAUCUACCACUACUUCUUCUCCAUCUUCUACAUGGAAUGCCAUUAUUAUAGCAGUGGUCGUUGGUGUCAUUGUUUGCUUGGUCGCGACCUGUAUUUGUGCCAUUUCCUUGUGCGUUAUUUGUAGAAUUAAGAAGAGUCGAAACCGUCGUGGUCGUCGUAGGUUUGGACAUGAGGAACGUAAUGAACAUAUGGAACGAAAACCAUCAAUCGCCGAUGAAGAUCCUCCACAACUCAUUCUUGGCACUAAUGUGAAAACUAAUGACCAAGACAUUGAGGCCAAUCAUGUCGUGGUGACUUUCCAUUCGACUCCAUCUGGAAUGACUCCAAAUUCCUCACCACCCACCACAACAACCUCUUCAUAUUUACCAUUGCAAUCUGGAUCGUACACUCCUUCGACAACCAUUGAAUCUUACUCGUUGUAUGUACCAAGUGAAGUCGGUAAUACCGAUUCUCAACAACAACAUUCGAUCACUACUGGCCAUUCGUUAACAGUAAUGGCCAGUAAUCAAGGAUAUGAUAAAUUCACCUCUAAAGAUCAUACCUAUCGAGUGGUGAAGUUGCUUGGUAAGGGAGGAUUUGGUAGUUGUUAUUUGUGUGAAAAUAUUCAAACGUUGGAGCAAAUUGCAGUCAAAGUUGUACAAGCAACGGAUGAUAAUUAUGCUUCCAUUUGCAGUGAAUUUUCGAAAUGUCUUGCAUUUCAACAUCCUCGUCUUGUGAAAUCCAUUGAAUAUUUGGCAGGUGUCGAUAGAAAUUCGAUUUGCUUGGCCAUGAAGUAUUACAGAUAUGGAGAUUUGGAACAUGUGGUCAAAAAUGUCAUGAACGCUUCACCUCCUUCUGAUGCCAUCCUCAUUUCACUAAUCAAUCAAAUAGGAGAAGGGUUGCAAUAUCUUCAUGACGUUCAACGAGUCAUUCACAGAGAUAUCAAACCAAAGAAUAUUAUGGUCGAUGAGUUUGAUGAGUUCAAUCAUUCCAUUCAAGUGGUCAUUGGUGAUUUUGGAGUUUCCAAGCAAGCAAAUGCAGCUCAUACCUAUGCAGGAACCUUCUAUUAUGUUUCUCCUGAGAUAUAUCUUGGAAAAGCAUGUACAUUUGCUACAGAUAUAUUCUCAUUGGGUGUCAUGUUAUAUGCUGUUAUUACUGGUGAAAUGAAUUGUGAACAUGUGUCAAUUACACAACGCUUGCUCGAUGUUGGCGAAAAAGCGUAUGAAGAAAUUGAAAACAAGGUGAAUGGAAAGCAGGUAAAUCCAGAGAUUGUCAACUUGGUGAUGAGAAUGCUCGCAAGAGAUCCAGAAAAGAGACCUCUUGCCAAAGAGUUGGUAGAUUUUAACAUUUUCCAAAGUGUGUAA